AGAUCACCCCCUCUAAGCCGUUCUUCACCUAAAUAAAGGUCAUCCAUCACUCAUCAAAAGUCUCCCCAAGAAACAAAUCUCAUACAUACAGACAUCUCCACGCUCUUCCAAAUCCUUUUUUUCUGUAAUUCCAACAGAAUCACUGCUAUCGGGCCGAACCCCAGACAUCUGGCUAACUGGAUCCACUACCAUCGAUAACGCAUACAUACAUACGACUGCUGAUCCCUCGUGCCACUCGCCUUCUGCCGGACUUCCCCCUCUGAUCCGGCCGCUGCCAAGCAUCAGCCCUACCGGCAGGCCCUUGGACCAUAUUAAGAGGUCGUUGCCCCCCCACACUCACAGACAUGAUUUCCACGUCGAGGUCUGAGCUGGUCCUGAUCACCGGCGCCACGGGCCACGUCGGGUCCGCUACGCUGCUCCACCUCCUCCGCGCCGGCUACAUGGUCCGCGCCGCCGUCCGCUCGCAGGACAAGGCCGCAAAGAUCCUCGCCCGCGCCAGGAUACAGCAGGCGCUCGCCGCAAACGGCAGCCGCGUCGAAGCCAGCACGGGCCGCAGCAGCCAGCUGACCUUCGUCGUGGUGCCCGACAUCACGGCGCCCGGCGCCUACGACGAGGCCGCCCGCGGCACCACGCUCAUCAUCCACAUCGCCAGCCCCCUGGUCACGGGAGACGAGGUGCCGCUCGCGCGCCACAAUGAGUACUUCAUCCGCCCGGCCGUGCGCGGCACCUUGAGCAUGCUCGAGGCCGCCCAGCGCGCCGGCACCGUCCGCCGCGUCGUCAUCACCUCGUCCAUCGUCUCGCUCGUGCCCGUCGACCGCAUGGAGGGCACGACGGCGGCCGAGAACACCACGCCCGUGCGGCCGUGCGACCGCGUGCCCUUCCCGGACGAGCCCUACACGAGCGAGUUCGCCGCCUACGCCGCCUCAAAGGUGGCGUCGCUGUCCCGCGCCGAGGCCUGGGUCGCGCGCGAGCGCCCGGCCUUUGACGUCGUCUACCUCCACCCGUCCUUCGUGCUGGGCCGCAACGACGCCGCCACCACGCCCGCCCAGGCCGUCCGGGGCACCAACGCCGUCGUGCUGGCCAUGCUGCUCGGCAAGCGCUUCGGGCCCUACGCCGGCGCGACCGUCCACGUCGACGACGUGGCGGCCGCCCACGUCAUCGCCCUCGAGCGCGACAGGGUCCCCGGCAACCGGAGCUACGUGCUGUCGGACCCGCGCCCAACCACGUGGAACGACGCGCGCGACAUCGCCCGCCGCCGCUUCCCCGACGCCGUCGAGAGCAGGCUGCUGGUGGCCAAGGGCAGCGUUGACACCACCCCGCUGCCCGUCGACGCGUCCCUGACCGAGGAGGUGUUUGGCUUCAAGUUCGCGUCCUUUGAGGAGCAGGUCGUCAGCACCGUCUCGCACUUUCUCGACCUGAGGAUACAGCAGAAGGCCGCCGCCGCCCAUGCCAGGGGGAAGGCGGUCAGGGUCCAAGAGACGGUUAUGCAGGUCAGGGCUAACGCAUGAUUGACCCCUUGUCUUUGCCCUUGUCUUUUUUUCCAAUUUCCUUUGUCAAUCCUGUUUCUCUACCGGCACAUGGAAACAUCUAUGGCGUUCUGCAUGGCGGCCUGGCUUGUGCUUUGUUCCUGACCCAAAAGAUUUUUGUACUUCUACAGACACGAUAUCGACUGCCUUGACGGCGGAGAUAGACUUAGAUAUGGAUAUACCCCAAGAUACGAUGUGAUUAUACUUUAAAUACCUCGCGGCAUCUCGAUGCCAUCUCCAAUCCAAUGCCAGUGACUGUACUUCCC